UAUGAUGGAGGGGAAGAAGGGGGGGACUUGGAGAGAAUCUUUACAUCCACUCCCCGUAGCAUCAGCAUCACUGCAUCAGGGAGACACAACACAGAGUGACGGAGCCAGGUUACAAUCCCAGGGACACGACGUUAUAGGAUAGGAUGUCGCCAUUGCUACUUUCUAUUCUCCCCUUUCUCCUGUUCUCCACAUCUUGGGGACAUCCUGACAGAUGUCUUGAAGAGAGGAAGCAGAAGGCGGCUGCCAGCGCAGAAUUCGGACUAACAAAGUGCCAGCAGUAUUCUAGCCAUUCUUGCUGCUCUCAGGAACACAUAGAUGCCCCUCCAUUUGCCCCUUUCCCAUGGAAAGGAUGUGGACCCCUCAGUCCCGGGUGUGAGGAAUACGUGAGCCGUGUGCAAUGUAUGUAUCUCUGCUCCCCGCACAUCGCCAAGUGGGGCCUGGGCGGAUCAGUCGCAGGGAUACAUGAGCUGCCCCUCUGUGACAGAUUCUGUGACCAAUGGUUUGACGCGUGUAAAGAAGAUUUAAUAUGCUCAGGAUGCACAAACAGUGUAAACAAUUGCAGCAAAGGCUGCAUCACCUACACACAGCAGAAAUUUGGAUCAGGAGGUCAGCUGUGCAACACCAUCUGGAGACACUCCUUUGUAGCAGUUACUGACGAGUGCUUCUGCAUCACCCCUCUGGAAGAAGGGGCGGAGAUUUCACAAGAGGAUCACGCCUACGCGGAUAUAGAUUCAGCCCACGAGGGCUCAUCGGGAUACCCAGAGAUGUGUGCCCAGGAUCCUCACAAAAUCCCACAUCAGAGAAGGCUGAGAAGAGCCGUGUGGAAGAGGCAUGCCCACGUAGACGGUGAGGGGAGCGGCAGCGGCAUAGGGGCAUGAUGGAAGCAGAGAAACC